AUGGCACGGGGGAGGAAGAUUAGGGCUAGGCUUCGCAGGAGUAAUUUUUAUACAUUUGGUUGUCUUAGGCCGACUACGGCUGAGGAGGUGCCUCAUCCACUUCAGGGUCCUGGUUACUCGAGAACCGUGUAUUGCAACCAGCCUCAAGUUCAUGAAAAGAAGAAUCUAUUUUACUGCAAGAAUAAUAUAUCUACGACCAAAUACAAUGCUAUCAUGUUUUUACCUAAGGCACUGUUUGAACAGUUUCGAAGGGUUGCUAACAUAUACUUCCUUUUGGCUGCUUGUCUCUCGGCGUCUCCAAUUUCACCUUUCACUUCGGUGAGUAUGAUUGCUCCUUUGGCUUUUGUUGUGGGGCUUAGUAUGGCGAAGGAAGCAUUGGAGGAUUCACGCAGGUUCCUUCAAGAUGUCAAGGUUAAUCGCCGGAAAGCUAGUCUUCAUAGAGGUAAUGGUGUUUUUGGUCUCAGAUCAUGGCAGAAAAUUAUGGUUGGAGAUAUAGUAAAAGUAGAAAAGGAUCAGUUUUUUCCAGCUGACUUGCUUCUCUUGUCUUCAAGCUAUGAUGAGGAUGGGAUAUGCUAUGUCGAGACCAUGAAUUUAGACGGAGAGACCAACUUGAAGGUGAAAAGAUCUUUGGAGGCUACCUUGUCCCUUGAUAACGAUGGAGCUUUUAAGGAUUUCUCCGGAACAAUUCGUUGUGAAGACCCGAAUCCCAAUCUGUACACUUUUGUUGGGAAUUUUGAAUAUGAACGUCAGGUUUAUCCUCUUGAUCCUGGUCAUAUUCUCCUCCGAGAUUCAAAGCUUAGGAACACUGAUUAUGUCUAUGGGGUGGUCAUUUUCACUGGCCACGACAGCAAAGUCAUGCAGAAUUCUACAAAAUCCCCUUCAAAAAGAAGCACAAUAGAGAAAAAGAUGGAUUAUAUCAUAUACACUCUUUUCACUGUCCUUAUAUUGAUAUCCUUUAUUAGUUCAAUAGGAUUUGUUGCUAAGACGAAGUACCAGACCACAGAGUGGUGGUAUCUACGGCCUGAUAAUAUUGAAUAUCAGUAUGAUCCUGCGAAAAUUGGAUUGGCUGGGAUGAGCCAUCUGAUCACUGCACUUAUUCUCUAUGGAUAUUUGAUACCCAUCUCUCUUUAUGUUUCAAUUGAGAUUGUGAAGGUAUUACAGGCCACCUUCAUUAACCAAGACCUUCAAAUGUAUGAUGAAGAAACUGGGACUCCUGCUGAAGCACGGACGUCAAAUUUGAAUGAAGAGUUGGGUCAGGUAGACACCAUCCUUUCUGAUAAAACUGGCACUUUAACCUGCAAUCAGAUGGACUUUUUGAAGUGCUCCAUUGCUGGUACUUCCUAUGGUGUACGUUCCAGUGAAGUUGAACUAGCUGCAGCGAAGCAGAUGGCUUCUGAUCUUGAGGAGGAAGACAUGGAUCUCUCUAAUUUCCCCAUGCAUAACAAGGGUAAAGUGCCGCGGGAAAAUGUUAGAAGAGCUGAAGAAAUUGAACUUGAGCCAGUUGUUACUUCUAAGGGUGGUGAGGAUCAAAGGCCUACCAUAAAGGGAUUUGGUUUUGUUGACAGCCGCCUCAUGAAUGGAAAUUGGUUGGAAGACCCCAAUGCUCAUGUCAUUUCGUUGUUUUUCCGGAUACUGGCAGUUUGCCAUACUGCCAUUCCUGAGUUUAACGAGGAGAGUGACAGUUGGACUUAUGAAGCUGAGUCACCUGAUGAAGGGGCUUUUCUUAUAGCUGCUAGAGAGUUUGGUUUUGAAUUUUAUAGAAGAACCCAAUCGAGUGUUGCUGUACGCGAAAUAAUUUCUGCUUCAGGACACCUGGUUGAAAGAGAGUAUAAAAUAUUGAAUCUGCUGGAUUUUAGUAGCAAAAGAAAGCGUAUGUCAGUGAUUGUACGUGAUGAGGAGGGAAGCAUUACUCUUUUAUGCAAAGGAGCUGACAGUAUCAUAUUUGAUCGAUUAUCUAAGAAUGGAAAGAAGUAUUUGGAGGCUACUUCUAGACAUUUGACUGAAUAUGGAGAAGUGGGUUUGAGAACACUAGCCCUGGCUUACAGAAAUCUUGAUGAACAAGAAUAUUCUGAUUGGAACAACGAGUUUCAGAAAGCCAAGACAACUGUUGGGCCUGACAGAGAGGCAAUGCUUGAGAGGCUAUCAGAUAGUGUUGAAAGAGAGUUGAUUCUUGUUGGGGCUACUGCCGUGGAAGACAAGCUGCAGAAAGGGGUGCCGCAAUGCAUUGAUAAACUUGCUCAAGCUGGGCUAAAGAUCUGGGUCUUGACUGGGGAUAAGAUGGAAACUGCAAUCAAUAUUGGGUAUUCAUGUAGUUUGCUUCGACAGGGUAUGAAGCAAAUAUGUAUCUCUACUGCAAAUUCAGAUUCAGUAAUCAAUGAUGGGAAAGAGGUAAUCAAAGGCAACAUCCUGACUCAAAUCACCAAUGCCUCACAAUUGAUGAAGCUGGAGAAGGACCCACAUGCUGCGCAUGCAUUAAUUAUUGACGGAAAAACUCUAACAUAUGCUUUAGAAGAUGAUAUCAAACACCAGUUUUUGGCAUUAGCUGUUGAUUGUGCGUCUGUUAUUUGCUGUCGUGUAUCUCCCAAGCAAAAGGCCUUGGUAACAAGGUUAGUGAAAGAAGGAACUGGGAAGACCACUUUAGCAAUAGGUGAUGGUGCAAAUGAUGUCGGCAUGAUUCAAGAAGCUGACAUUGGUGUUGGAAUCAGUGGGGUUGAAGGUAUGCAGGCAGUGAUGGCUAGUGACUUUUCUAUUGCUCAAUUUCGGUUUUUGGAGCGGCUUCUGGUAGUCCAUGGACACUGGUGUUACAAGAGAAUUGCACAAAUGAUAUGUUACUUCUUCUACAAAAAUAUAGCAUUUGGCCUCACCAUAUUCUAUUUUGAGGCCUUUGCGGGCUUCUCUGGUCAAUCGGUUUAUGAUGAUUGGUACAUGAUAUUGUUUAAUGUAGUCCUUACAUCGUUGCCCGUAAUUUCACUUGGAGUUUUUGAACAAGAUGUUCCAUCAGAAGUUUGCUUACAGUUUCCUGCAUUAUAUCAGCAAGGACCCAAAAAUUUGUUCUUUGACUGGUAUAGAAUACUUGGAUGGAUGGGGAAUGGUCUAUACUCCUCGCUCGUCAUCUUCUUCCUUGUUAUCUUCAUCUUCUAUGACCAAGCAUUCCGCCUGAAUGGCCAGACUGCAGACAUGGCUACUGUUGGUACCGUAAUGUUCACCAGCAUCAUCUGGGCUGUCAACUGCCAGAUUGCCUUGACAAUGAGCCAUUUUACAUGGAUACAACACCUCUUUGUGUGGGGAAGCAUUGCCAGUUGGUACCUCUUUCUCUUUUUAUAUGGCCUGCUUCCUCCACGACAUUCCCACUCUGCGUACCAAAUAUUGGUUGAAGUGCUUGCUCCUGCUCCUAUUUAUUGGACAGCAACCAUUUUAGUAACAGUUGCGUGCAAUCUUCCUUAUCUUGCCCACAUAUCAUUUCAAAGGUGUUUUAAUCCCAUGGAUCAUCACAUUAUCCAAGAAAUCAAGUACUAUAAGAAGGACAUUGAAGAUCAACACAUGUGGACGAGGGAGCGGUCUAAAGCAAGACAAGAAACAAAGAUUGGAUUCUCUGCAAGAGUGGAAGCAAAGAUCAGGCAGCUGAGAGGGAGGCUGCAGAAGAAGCAAUAUUCAACGGGGGCGUCGCCAUCAUGA